GAAGGAAUCACGCGCGCUGCCUGAUCGCUCUCCAAAGAUGGUGGCGUUGGGUCUGCUUUAAAAGCCUGAGAGCCGCUAAUUUGCAGUUGUAAUCUUUCCAGAAAAAAUUGAGCCGUUUUAAUUUAUUAUAAUUUAUAUUUUUAUAAGGAAAAACGGAAGCAUGCCUAAUAUCAAGAUUUUCAGCGGCAGUUCUCAUCAGGAUUUAUCACAGAAGAUCGCCGAUCGCCUGGGGCUCGAGCUCGGCAAAGUGGUCACUAAGAAAUUUAGUAAUCAGGAGACUUGUGUGGAGAUUGGUGAGAGCGUUCGAGGUGAAGAUGUUUACAUUGUACAGAGUGGUUGCGGAGAAAUCAAUGACAAUUUGAUGGAGUUGCUCAUCAUGAUUAAUGCCUGCAAGAUUGCCUCGGCCUGCCGUGUUACUGCAGUCAUACCCUGCUUCCCUUAUGCCAGGCAAGACAAGAAGGACAAGAGUCGAGCUCCUAUUUCGGCAAAAUUGGUUGCUAACAUGCUGUCUGUGGCUGGGGCAGAUCACAUCAUCACAAUGGAUCUGCAUGCGUCUCAGAUACAGGGUUUCUUUGAUAUCCCAGUGGAUAACUUGUAUGCUGAACCAGCAGUACUUAAGUGGAUUAAGGAGAAUAUUCAAGAAUGGAAAAAUGGCAUUAUUGUGUCUCCUGAUGCUGGUGGAGCCAAAAGAGUUACAUCUAUUGCCGAUCGACUGAAUGUGGAUUUUGCAUUGAUCCAUAAGGAGCGUAAAAAAGCCAACGAAGUUGACCGAAUGGUUCUAGUUGGUGAUGUGAAGGACCGAGUUGCCAUUCUUGUUGAUGAUAUGGCAGAUACUUGUGGCACAAUUUGCCAUGCUGCAGACAAGCUGCUGUCUGCCGGAGCCACCAAAGUUUAUGCCAUUCUCACACAUGGAAUCUUCUCUGGUCCUGCUAUCUCCCGUAUCAACAAUGCCUGUUUUGAAGCAGUGGUUGUCACCAAUACAAUACCUCAGGAGGAUAAAAUGAAGCACUGUCCUAAAAUACAGGUUAUUGAUAUCUCCAUGAUCCUUGCUGAAGCGAUUCGAAGAACUCACAAUGGAGAGUCUGUGUCUUACUUGUUCAGCCAUGUUCCAUUGUAAUGUCUAUAGCAUCUACUGUUUCAGUAUAUGCUAUUUUACCAAAUUGUUUUCUCUUUUCCACUACCCCUUCCCUUGAACCUGCCACACCGAAUGGUAAAAAGUAGUCUUUGCUUCUGCUUCAACAGUCAGGGCAAAAAAUUCGAUUGGACAUUCAUCAUUAUGUUGGAUGUUUCCAAUUAAAAGCAGUACCUGCAAUUGGGUUUACUAUGUAUGAUAAUUACAGAGCCCUAUAUAUCUAAAGAGAAAGUGUACCUAGUAUUUACUUAAAAUCAUGCCUGUAUAUUCUCCACAUUCUUAUCCGUGUUGCAAUAUUGAUUGCUACAUGUCUGCUAUAGUGUAAGCUGCCACUGUUUUACUUUGGUGCAGGUUGUUGCUAGAUGCCUACAAAUAUUGUGGCAGGGCUGGAAUAGAGAUGGUGUUGAGGAAAAUGAAUGUAUUAUUCUCUCCCUGUUAUUUUCAUGUUGUAAAAUUCUUGUUUCUGACAUUGCAGCAAUGUAUUUAAUCAAGUUCUGUAUAUUUUCCAUCUGAAAUUGUUCAGGCUGUAGUCUGAUUAUGGAGAAAGUGGGGCAGAUCAUUGCUGCCUUAUACCUUACCAGGUAUAUAGUAAUUUCAUAAUUAUGAACAGUCGUGUUAUUGCAUGGUGUAUUCCUUCCCCAAGUUGUGAUUGGUUUGGAUUGGACUCUCCUCACGGUCAAUUAGAAGAUGGCUCAGCUUACUUUCCAAGAAACUUUUAAGUGAAUUAGAACCGAAGUGAACAUAGCUCAUUUGGAGGCAGUGUAUAUGCCUUUAAACCUAGAAAAACCUUGUUUCUUGUGAAAUCCAAAUGACCUGGAUAAACCAAUACAAGUGUUGCAAUUUGAUUUACUUGAUUUCUUUCUUCUUGUUCUGUAUACAUAUUUUAUGAGCCAUAUAUUUUAAAGACAACUGUUGUGACCUCAUGCAGUGGUUUACAACUGAGCAGUUUUGUUCUACACUCUUGUGAUGGGAGAAAGACACUAAAUCUGUCCAGUCGCUUGCACAUAAUCCAGAAAGGUAGCAAAUUGAUUUUGACAGUAAACUAUAAUGCUGUUGUAUAUUUUUUAGUAGUAAUGCAACUUUGAAGACUUGAUUGAGUGAAGUCUUGUUGUGAGCAUCCUGGAAAUUUUGGUUUUGGAAGACUACAUUUUAUGAGGGUUAAGUGCAGAGUUUUGAAGACAGCAGCCAUAGUAAUUGUUCUGCAACUCGUUUCACUUGCAAGUUAGAAACCUGAGGAGCUUAGUAAUCCUGAAACAAAAACCUUUUUCCUUUAACAUCUAAAUCUAGUAGAAGAAAUCCAUAGGUAUUGAGGUGGUAAAAUGGGAUUUGUCUGGGAUUUUCAGGCUUCCUUGCUUGGCAAGGCCAGCUCUAAUCAUAUAUUGAAGCUUUAUCGAAAGAAUUUACAGAUACAAUCUCUGUUGGAAUGUUGUCUUUGCUAGGGAAAUUGCUGUUUGUUCUACAGUAUCAAAUAACUUGAGUUGAAUAUGUUGUUUUGUAAAUGUCACACAAUUGAGAACUUUUUUUUAUAUGAGUGUUAAAAUGCUGGCUUGCACACUCUUGGGGACUAGGUUCCAAUCAGUAAGGGUAUGAGAGUUUGGAGUCAAACAGUAGGUAAACCAAUGUGAAGGGAGACUGCUUUUAAGCCAGUUCCCGGUAGCCCAGAGUAUAUGCAACUGGAUAUUUUGAGCCAAUUGGCACUGGUAGGUCAUGGGGAAUGUGUGGGAAGCCUCAGCUUCAUCCGCAGUGCAAUUCUGUGAUGUGAUGUAUUUGAGUUGGGAUUGCUGGAUGACGUCCUACAAACAAAUUGCAUUCCCAAAACUUAGUGAGACACAUAUAUGUACUGUUUGGAUGAAUUGCAUGCCAUUCCCCUGCAAGAACUCUGACUAAGAGCAAGACAUUGGAAUAUUUUCUAUAUUUGUGUGUAUACAGGGUUCAUAUUCUCAGUUUAUAUAUUCAUUUAUUUAAACUAAAAUUUGAAUCACAGAGUGGGGGUUGGGACUCUUGGGGGAAGAGUUGUUCUCGGCACGAUUCAAUAUGGAUGGUACUGUGGGCUAACUCUGGGCUUUGCUCCUAAACUGGGCCCACCAUUUUGUCCCUUUGAACUUUGUAGUGCUAUUCUGAUCUCCUUACUAUCUGCACUCAGCAGUGAUGAUAUGUGGAAAGUCAGAUUUAGUGCUGUACGGAAAUGCAGCAUUUCACGAGCUAUAUGUAGCUUUUGGGUUCUUUAGUUGAAAAUUAGACUGGAGUUGCCUUAUACACAAAUAUAUACAAUAAUUCAAACAUGACAUGAUCUGUGAUUAGAAAUAUUGAAUUUUUUUUAAGACUGUCUUGAUGAACUUGAUGUUGAGCCCUGUACAGUUAUGUUGGGACAAUUUCUACAUAUUAAAUGCAAGUCUGCAAUCGUUAUUCGGUUUUUAGCUUGUUUUCUACAAUAUGGAGGAAAGCUGAAGAGCUUUACGGUUGUUUCAAUCAUGUGCUAAAAUAAACAUAUGUAAUGGUUAUUUUUGCCA